AUGAGUGAUCCACAAUCCAGUCCCACAGAAGACCAACAGAAAGAAGCGCUGGCGGCCUUCACAGCAACGCUCCACUCAGUGGGCACGAACCUCGAAGCGCCGCUCCGCGACCGCGCAGCAAACAUCCAAUCCAACGCUGCUGCGCUGGAGCGACAGGAAGCCGACUUGGCGGAGAAUACGGCGCGACUGGCGCGGCAGAACCAGCAAUGGGUCGGGUUGGCGGAUGAGACGCGUGAGGGUCUGAAGGAGAUUGGGGAUGUGCAGAACUGGGCGGAGAUGAUCGAGCGGGAUUUGUUGGCGUUGGAGGAUAUGAUGGAUGAUGUGGAGAAGAAGAAGGAUGGGGAUGAUGACGAAAUCGAGGCAAAUGGGAAUGAGGUUGGGAAUCAGAAUGGACAUGAUGAUGUUGAUCAUGGAAAGAAGGUUGAGACGAGAGGCUGGUUUCGAUGGUGGUGA